AUGUCGGAAGCCGACGUCAGAUCUCCACCUUCGCGGGGCAGGAGCUCAGCUCGUGGAGGCAGAGGUGGCUUUGGUCGCGGCGGUCCUCGCGGAGGCAGAAACCAAGCCAAUGGCACAGCAAACGACAAUGCCACACUCGAGGAAGAGUCACUGGAAGAGCAGGGCGCACUCGGUGAGAUGAAGAAGAAGUACUUUGUCGAGCUCGGCAUGCUCAAGGAUAUGUUCCCCACCUGGACCGACACCGAUCUUGUCUUUGCAUUGGAAGAAGCCGACGGCGACCUCCCCUCAUGCGUCGACAAGAUUACUCAAGGUCAAGUGUCGCAAUUUGCCGAAGUCAAGAAGAGCAAGGAUCGUGCACGCUCCAAAGCGAAGGAAGAUUCCACCAUUGCAGGAGCCACCGAUAAGCCUGGAUUUGCUCCUCGCGGCCGAGGUGGUCGAGGUGGCCUUGAUGGCACUCGUGGUGGACGUGGUCGAGGUGUCGAGCGAGGCAGAGGAGGACAGCGCGGCGGCCGAGGCGGUCACGCGACCACGAAUGGAACAGAAGCUCCUGGUGCUACCUCAAUCCCUACGACUGAAUCUUCUGCGUGGGACACUCCUGCAGCCACUACCGAAGUCACCAAUAAUUCCUGGGAUGACUCCAACGCAGAUGUGUCCAAGGAUGCUGCUGAUCCAAACCAGAGUGGAUGGGGCAAUGUCGGCACUGCGGAUACCACACCAGCAGCUGUCGAGGAGGAGAAGAAGAGCAGCUUGAUACCAGAGGGCGUGAAGAAGAGCUGGGCGAGCAUGUUUGCCAAGCCGAAGACUGCGCCAGCUCCUGCGGUUCCGAAGCAGGUCUCGACCAAGCAGCCAGAACCUGCACCUGCACCACUGCCAGCUGCGCCUGUUGAGGAACCAAAGGAGGAACCAGCACCGGUCCCAUCAGUCGAAGAGCCACAGGAUGUGCCAGUCUCAGAGACCCCUGCAGACCGUCCGGCUACCGCAGAGACGGAUAUGUUGACUCCAUCUCAGGAUCCAUUGACCGAGGCAAAUGUCGAGCAUCUCCCGGACGAAUCUAACCCUCCAGCCACGCAGACAGUCGCCAGCACCGCCGGAUCGAUCGACCCACGCAACCUCACUCCUCUUCCUCAGCAAGCUCCGAUUGGUCGUCCGCCGCUGGGAGGAUUUGCGACGAGCGCCAACAACCGUCUUGCAGGCGCAGGUGGUGCUCGCAGUGCCAGCUUCCAGCGCAGAGUAUUGGAACAGCAAGAGGCGGUCGUUAUGCCAGGACACAAUGCCGUUGAUCGUGCCGCAGUACAGUUUGGUAGCAUGGGGUUGAACGGCGAGCCCGGUCUCGAUGUUGAUGAGGAGCGUGAAGAGCCAGAGACUCGCCAUGCGCCACAACACUCGCCACCAUCGCAGCCACGCACUUCGCUUCCUCCAGUGCCGCGACAGGCUUCCGGCGCACAAGAUUUGCCAGAGGCGGUUCCCACACCCAAGCAGGCACCUGGACUUCCACCAGCGUCCGCUCAGAACCAGCAACAGAUUCAGGACCCGUCGCUGGCUCAGAACAUUCCACAAGAUCAGCAAAUGAACCAGGCUUACAACCAAUACGGCCGAUAUGGACAACAGGGCAUGCAGCAAGAGGCUCAGCAGCAGAAGCAGUACGACCCGUUUGGCCACCAGGCACAACACAGCUUCGAUCAGUAUGCUGGACACCAGCAACAGCAGCAGUCUCAGUCACAAUUCGGAGGCCUGUCAUCUGCACCCAGCGAUUACUCCCAGUACUACACCGCGGAUCCGCAACAGUCCAGGAACGCCUACAACCAGUACUACGGAAGCUCCUACGGACAGCAGCAGCAGCAGCAUGAUCUGCGCAGCCAGCAGCAGGGCCAGCAGGAUCCCACCAUCGGGCAACAGCGCUCCACCAGCGGCUUCGGUGCGGGUCAGAACGACUCCACCCUCGCCGCCCAGUCGCAACAACAGGUCAGUAUUUCUCAUUACAAUGAUUUGACAAAGCUCUACGAUUCUGCCGAGAAUGAAGUGGACCGAGAUGGUAUUUUGCAAGCGAUGCACGCUGCACAGAAGCAGAUGCAGUCUCGUGCAAGCUCUAUUCACGAUGCCUACCAGUCUGAGGGACAUCAUCGCCAGCCAUCCUCAUCUGAGCAGCAAAACAUGCGUUUCAUCUCGUCGAAUACUUCUGACACUCAACAGGCAUCUCGCUUCAACGAAGCCCCAAGCUCUGGUCACAAUACCCCCAACCCCACGAUGGCGAACCCACAGCAGCAGCACUCGAUGCACCAAGCUCAAAGCCACCAGCAACAGCCACAGGGAGCCUACCCUCCCGGUGCCAGCGCGGCCUUCCCGUACGGACAUCCGUACUACAACAGUCCAUACCAGCAAGCGUACGCUAAUCAGUUUGGCGGAUAUAGCCAUGCUGGUUAUGGUGGCGCGAGUGGAUAUCCCACGCAACAACAACAGAAGCAGCAAGGUGCUGUCGGAGCUGGAGCUAUGUACGGUGCUCCACAAGGCUAUGGUCAGCAGCAAUCAUCCUACGGUCAGCAGCAGUCCGCAUACGCCCAGCAGCAGUCAUCCUACGACCCGCAACACUCGGCCUCUCCCGCCAACACUCACGCAUUCGCCCAAAACCAGCAAGCUUCUAUGCGCAGCGCUUCGGGCAUGGGCGGCUCCGGUCUGGGCGGUCUUGAUGACUACGGCCGCCAGUCCGCGCAACCAUCUUCUCACCAGCAGAGCCAUUUCGGCGGCAUGAACGAUCCUUUCGCGCGCACCUCCUCAGGCUUUGGCACACAAGGCGCGUAUGGUCAGCAGCAGCAGGGUGGAGAUGAUUCCCUGAAAGCCUUUGUCGACCCAUCCACGGCUGCUAAGAGCGGUCCAUCUCCUCAACCUGGCCGUCCCGGCUCCGCCGCUAACAGUGCUGCCGGUAAUGUCCAGGCUGGAAGCGGACUGCCGCCACCGCAGAGCCAGCACUCUGCUUUCGGAGGCGGAUAUCCCGGAUUCCCGGGUCAGAGCCAGUAUGGUGGAUUGGGAGGACUUGGUUCCCAUGGCCAGCAGCAAGGUCAGCAGGGGCAGCAGGCGCAGCAGAGCGCGUAUGGCAGCUAUGGCGCCGGUGGAUUCAGCCAGGCCUAUGGCGGAUAUGGAGGCUCCCGAGGUGGAUGGGGACAGCAGUACGGUGGACACUAGAUGUCACGCCGGUAUGGACGAGGAUGAAGUCGGACGAAGACUCCAUGUAUGAGAUUCCGGGUUGGGAUGGAUUAUUGAGCUCUACUCUGGUAAACAGGAGUUUUGGUUCUAAUGGUAGGCAUAAGGGACUCUUCGGGAAUGAAAGCAGACGGAUGGAUGGUCAGUGCUGUCUCUGUCUGCGAUAAAGACUGGGAUGUGGACUUGUACUAUGAAGAAAGAACGAUUCUUGUGUGAAAAUUG